UAUCUAGCGUGAACCCUGAGGAGAGGGUUACUUGGAAUUCAAUCAUGGCAAGGUACAGUGCUCAGGAGGUCGUCGACUUCGUUACGGGUGAGGAAACCAGCAGCUCCGAUGAGGAUAGUGUACAGCCCAGCAGUACAACACAGGAGGUUGAAGAGAUCUGCGCCGAGGACGAGAUCUUUCCCUCCCGCAAAAGCGAAAUAACAUGGACAACCAGAGCAGAAGAUCGUGCUGCAGGCAGACUGCCAGCACGACACAUCCUGAGGACACCUCCAGGACCAACGAGGCAGUGCGUGUCACAGGCAGGGGACAUUAUAUCUGCCUUCAAAGCUUUCCUGCCUAGAUCAAUAGAGAGCAUCGUUGUCAGCAUGACAAAUAUAGAAGGCAGAAAGGUUUACUAGCAGCUCGGUGGACAUGACAACUGUUGAAUUGGAUGCCUUCAUCGGCGUCUGCAUUCUAGCAGGCGUAUUCAAGUCCAAAGGAGAGUCCGUCGCCAGCCUUUGGGAAUCGAAAUUUGGGAGACCAAUCUUCCCAGCGAUCAUGAGCAGGGUGCGGUUUGAGCAGCUGACAGUGGCCCUAAGGUUUGACGACAAAGGAUCGUGGGCAAGUAGAAGAACGGCAGACAAGAUCGCACUUAUCAGAGACAUCUGGGACCUGUGGUCAGGAAAUCUCCCUGCGAUGUACAAUCUUGGCCACGACUUGACAGUGGACGAGUGCCUGGUACCAUUCAAAGGACGCUGCUCCUUCAGGCAAUAUAUGCCUCGCAAGCCUGGGAGGUACGGACAAAAAAUCUGGGCGCUGUGCGACGCCAGGACGAGCUACUGCUGGCGAGUGAAGCUGUACACGUGAAAGCCUCCGGAGGAGGCACGGGAGGUCGAUGUGGGUAAAAAAGUGGUGUUGGAACUGUCUGAGGGGCUGAGGGGGCACACCAUCACUCUUGAUAAUUUUUUCACCUCCUUCAGUCUGGGACAGGAGCUCCUCAAGCGCCACAUGACGAUGGUAGGCACUGUGCGCUGAAAUCGUCCAGAGCUGCCGCCUGCCCUGCUAGCAGCUAAGGGCAGGC